AUGGCAGGGACUGCCCGGCUGAGUGCGGGCGACGCCGAGCUGCCGGGCCCCGCGGCGGGCGGCGGGCGGGCGGGCGCGGGGGCCCCGGUCUGGGCGCCGGGCCCCGCGGCCUCGGAGCUGCCGGCGGGGCGCGCGGCCCGGGGGCGGCCCGGGGCCGGCGUGGCCGCGGUGGGGCGCGCGCGCUGCGGCCGGGGCCUGGCGCUGGGCUGCGCGCUGGCGGCGCUGGGCCUGGCCUCGCUGGCGCUGGCCCGCCGCGCGCUGCGGCACCUGCUGCGCUGGGCCGAGGGCCUGCCGCCGCCGCUGGGCCCGCUGCUCUUCGCGCUGGGCUUCGUGGCCGUGUCCUUCCCCUGCGCCUGGGGCUACCUGGCGCUCAGCGUGGCCGCCGGCUACCUGUACGGCUUCGCGCCGGGCCUGGCGCUGGUGGCGGCGGGCGCGCUGCUCGGCACCGGCCUGGCGCACGUGGUCUGCCGGCGGCUGCUGGCGGCGCGCGUGGCCGCCCGGGUGCGAGGCAGCGAGCGGCUCAGCGCCGUGGUCCGCGUGGUGCAGGGCGCCGGCGGCCUCAAGGUGGUGGCGCUGGCCCGGCUGACGCCCAUCCCGUUCGGGCUGCAGAACGCCGUGUUCUCGAUGACCGAGCUCCCCUUGCCCAGCUACCUGCUGGCGUCCUCGGCGGGGCUGCUGCCCACCCAGCUCCUGAACUCCUACCUGGGCACCACUCUGCGGACCAUGGAAGACGUCAUUGCCGAGCAGACUGUGAGCGGGUACGCAGUGUUUUGUUUGCAGGUCGUCCUCAGCGUCGGCCUCAUGUUCUACGUGGUCCAUCGCGCGCAAGGGGAGCUGAAGGCGGCGCUGGUCGCCUGUGAAGCGGAGCUGGACGCUCCGCUGCUGAGCGGCGGGCAGCCGGACGGCGGCAUCGACGUCGUGUGACCCCCUCAGCGGCGCCCCCUGCGCACAUGCUUGUCAGGAGCCUGGUGCUGUCUGGGUGUCGUUGUCCCCCCACCCCAGGGGGGGGCAGAGCCGGGCCGAAGGUCGUGGCACAAACAGAAGGACUGGUUCCAGCGGCUCUGCUUCUCUGAGGCGAGAAUCUGUCCGUGUGGGCUGCACGGUGACCUGUGCCCCCAGAGGCCUUCGCUCUGCGCUGUGGGUGUCGUCUCUGAGGACGUGUGAGCAGAGGAAGGACCGCGCGCGUGCUGCCGGCCGUGUGUACAGCCCGGGGCGGUGCGUCCGUCCUGCUCGCAGAGCGGUCCAGGCCCGCUCCCCACGUCAGGAAGGGGAGCAGAGGUGCUCGGUGGUUUGUGAGCGGGGCCACCUGCUUCCUGUUUCUUUGGGGGACGGCGUCCCGCCAGCAGUGGUGUGGCGUGUGUGCGGUCACGCAGGGUCCGAGGAGGCUGAAGUGCUCUUACCACCCGUCCUCCGGGCGGCGCGGAGCCAGAGCCGACGGGCAGCGCAGGCCUGGGAGGCUGUGCGCCGUCGCGCGCAGUUUACCCAGCCAUUUCACUGAACACUUCCUUUUGUAGUCAUCGUUAGGUUUUGAAAUAAAAAUGUUUUUCCUUUAAAAUGGUGGGCUUGCCCUCAUUGAAGAUGUCACUCAGGUGGCCUUAUUGGAUCAAAACGCCUUUUUUACAAACAAGCUUUAAAAUCAUGUGUGUGUUCCACUGUAGUUGUCCCCAUUGUCUGUAGCUUUAAAACUGUAAGUGCGAGGUGAACGUAGUGCCCAGCUGUGUGUCAGGGCCUGCUGUCGAGCAGGCUUGCUGUUUGCUUCCCAGUUGCUUUUCUCUGAUCAGACUCAGGGCCCUGAACUGCGAACGGUGCUGUGAGCCCCCACAGGUGCCAAGUCCCAACUCCCCGGGCUCAGGGCACGUCACUCACGCACCACCUGACCUCCGUAGUUUAGUUUGUGAAUUUAAAGAUUUGGUGUUGCAGUUUCUUUCCUUUUUACAACCAAGAGUAUAGAUGGAUCCAGGUUUUCUGGUUUGUAUCUCGGUUUGGCAAGAGGUUUCCAGCCUAGAGACUCGCAUUUGCCUGGCCAUUGGCUGGCGCCUGUGCCUGGCUUGCUCCGGGGAAGCGUCUUCAGAAGCAGCCGGCCUGUCCCGCGCUGAGCGUGCUCCGUGGUAAGUUCUCUGGGCCAGGGAGGCAGUGCUCUUCUUCCUCCCAGCACCUCGCGCUCUGCCUGCGAGGAGGGCUCGGCCUCCGCCCGGGGCCUCGGCCAGCCGGCCUGCAGCACAGCACGGACGGCCUCCGCAUCGUCUAUCGAUGGGAAACGCGUGGAUUAGAAUAUUCUUACUCUUUUUUGAAUCCUAAUUACUUGUUUAGUUCUCUGUUUUGUUUGUUUUUAGUGAUUUUACAAUGAGCAAUACACUUGGUCCAUGUCUAACUUGACUUUUCUCAUGCUCCUCGUCGGUUGGUUUGCUGAAGGAACCAUUCAUUGAAGGUCAUUGCUCUCACACUUCGUGCACUUGCUGUGUUUUGAAAUGCAUUUAUUUACUUAGCAUCUCGUAACUUGAAUAAUUUCUCCAAACAUAAACCUUUUGGUAGUUCGUAACCAGCUCUUCCAACUGUUGCUUGGCACCUCAAAUAAACAUGCCAAGGUGAACAAGAAGUGAUUUUUUUGUAUGCUGCCAAUCAUUUUAUAUAAUAAAUCACCCAUUUUUACUUAA